UCAUCGCCGCGUCUAACGGUUUUGGCGGAACUUCGGCAUAACUCUUGUAUAAAAACGUGGGGUCGACUGGAGAGUGGCAUCAUUCGCUAGCCGGGAACAGCUCGACGCACAGGUGUCGUCCUCGAUUCCACCUUUCCUCAGAUACAGCAAACCGAGAGAGCUCAAUACGAAAAUGAAGGUCUUCAUCUGCCUCCUGGCCACCAUCUGUGCCUGCAACGCCACCUUUCUGUCCUUCUUGGGCGGCGGAGGAGGCGGCGGUGGCGGUGGCAGCAAGACCACCUACAAUGUGAUAGCCACUCCCAGUUCCGGAGGCGGCGGCGGUGGUGGUGGAGGUGGCCAUGGCUAUGCCCAGGCCCAUGGCUAUGCCCACUCCCAUGGAGGCGGCGGACACGGCGGCGGUGGCUCCUCGCAGAUCAUCAAGGUCAUUCUGCAGGAGGGUCAGGGCUACAGCAAUGGCGGCGGAUCAGCGAGCGGCAUUGUCUCCACUGGCCAGAGCUACGGCCAUGGACAUGGCUAUGCCAGUGGUCACUCAUAUGGCCAUGAUCAUGGCUCCCACUCCUAUGGCGGCCAGCAGGCGCAGACCAUCUACAAGAUCAUCGAGCAAGCCCCAGCUCCAGUUUCGAUUCCCGCUCCAGCUCCCAUUCCCAUUCCCAUCUCGGUGCCCGUGGCCGCUCCUGCUCCAGUGGCUCCCAUUGCCUAUCAUGCUUCUGGCGGAUCCGGUGGUUACUCUUAUGGUCAUGGCCACUCGUACGACCAGGGUCACUCGCACAGCUACGGACAGUCGUAUGCCUCUGGACAUGGCUAUGGUGGUUCCUCCUCCUUCGAUACCCAGCAAUUUAAUGCCAUUCUGCCGCAGAUCCUUCAGCUGGUGCUGCAGGAGGACUCCCUGGGCGGCGGAGGCGGUGGCUCGGCCGAUGUGGCCGCCAUCAAUGGCCAGCUGAUCAACACUUUCGGUUCCAAGGGCAAGGCCAUCAUCAUGAAGGUGGACCAGGCGCAGGGAGCCUUCUUCAAGAGCGGCCAUGUGGUGCAGCGCGGCACCCUAAAGGUGAUGCGUGUCCAGGAGCAGCAGCAGCCGCAGCAGGGCCAGAACGGUGGUGGCCUUAAGGGCGGCUGGGGUGGAUCCUCCUCCUCCUCGUCUGGCUCUUCUGGAAGCGGCUGGAGCAGCGGUGGCUCUUCUGGCUGGAGCAGCGGUGGCUCCUCCUCCGCCUGGUAGAUGCAGUUCGUCCUGCCCGCGCCUAGUUAGUUAGACCAAAUGAAUUGUUACAAAAAUUUUUUUUUCGCUAUCCUCUACCCUAUUGUUAUGUAUUUUUUUUCCUAGGCUAAUCCUUCACAGUCAUUAUUGAUCAACAAAACGAAAAUGAAAACAUCCAUUCAUUAUUAACUUAAAUUAUUUGUUAAUAAAAAUA